AUGAUAGGAAAAAACUCACUAGAAGCACAGAGCAGAAAUGAUAAUUUGGAUUUUAAUGAUGUUUUUGAUGGUCUGCCGAGGAGAUUUUCGAAGAAAGAAGUAAAAGGGAGGUACAGUUUUGGUGAAGUUGUGGAAUCUGAGGAGAAGCCAGUGUUUGGAGCAGAAGUUGUGACAAGAAGGCGAUAUCUGGGGGAUGGUUUCUUUAAUGAUAUAUUUGGAGGUGAUGAGUCUUAUAGUUCACCGAGGACAGAUCGUGACCGAGAUAGUCCCAUUUGUUUGAACCCUGGCUCGAGGAUUUCCAGCCCUGGCAAGGCUUUGAUUCCCAAAGCAAAGGCUUUUGGCACUUCACUCCCUGCGCAGUUCAGAGAUGAUCAUGUACUUGUAACAGAGUCUGUACCCAAUGAUCCUAAGGUUGCAGCUGAAAAUGCAGAUGACCUUUCGAAGACAACUUUGUGGUAUGUUGUUUCUUUAUUGCUCAUCAAUAGUGGAUAUUAUCCAGUCAAUCGUAUUCUAAACGAUGUCUUAAUUUUAUAG